AUGGCGAUCCGGCCCUGGUCGCCUUCGGCGUCUAUCUCGUUGGUGAAACUGCUUACAACAAGAUCUACGCUCCUUCGCACUCCCAAUCUCACCACCCUGCUGCAUCUUCUUCACCUUCGCAUUCUCACUGAGAUUCGUGAUUGUGAUUGUGAUUGUGCUGUGAUUGUGAUUUGUGAAGGGAAGCUAUGCAUACAUGAUUAGGAAUACUCAAUCCUAUCCAAUCUAAUUACUUGUUUAAAUAAAAGCAUUUCUCUUAUUCAUAUGACAAUGAUUUGAUAUAGCAUGUUAUGUAUAAUUUUCUUGCUGCGUGCUUCAAGACCUUUGGAUCUAUCUGUCAUUUGAAGAAUCAAUGUGUUUGUUGUUUGUUACCAUAUGUCUU